AUGGCUUACCCCCCAUCUUCCUACGGCGACCGUCCCCCACUUCAAGGCUAUCGAAGAUCCUUCACUCUUCCAACACGCGCUCUAUCUGUUCAUGAAAGGGCCGGCCUCGAGACCGCGGACGCCGAUUCGAAUCUCCUCUUCUCCCACCCUUCAGCUCGUGUAAUACAGUUCUCUCCUCCAACCGAUUCCAUCCCGGCGAAGAGCAAAGAAACCCUCCCCGAUGCAGAUUACCCUGUUGAUGCUGUCGAAACCUUACCAUGGCGCUCCCGUACCGAAAACUUACUGUCCACCGGUCAGUUGAUGAUCGAAAAGGUCCGAGGUUCUACCUACUUCUUAAAGUCUGCCGACCAGAAAGUCAUGCACGCCAUCAUGCGUAACUCUCAAUGUUGGUGCGUCGAUGGUGAAUCCAGGUUUGUCCUACGCAUUGGCCAGUUCCGAUACUACAGGAUUGAGUUACCAACAGAGACGGAAGAUGACAAGAAGAAGAUUGAAGACCUAAAACAGGCUUGGCCCAAGGUACUUCGCUACGAGAGGACUCCCUGCCCUUUCAAAAGAGCUUUCCAUGUCGACCUUCCGGAUGAUGCCAUUACCCCAAGACGGAAAGGUACUUGGAAGAGGAAACAACCGCCACAAGCAGCCACCCCUAACACUGAUCCGCUGCCUUUAAGAAGGUCAAAGACGACACGUGCUUGGAGUCUACAGGGUGAAGAUUCUGGAACCCCUCUUCAGCGAUAUGGACGGCGAGGUUCGGACUAUGGAUUCGACACAAGUCGCAGUUCAUCCCCGAGGCCCCCCUUAGCAGGAGAUGGCUACCGCUCUACUACCCCUUCUAGCCUUGCUUCUAGUGAGGAUCCUGGAGAUCAUGCGCACGCAGACACUUCAAGUGAAGAUGGUGUGAGCAACGAUGCGCCACAAGAUGAGCAAACCAGUCAAGACCAUUUACGGGCUGCCGACUCCGACUCUGAGCGAGCACAUCCUUCGGACGGCUCGAUUCAUCUUCCCCCAUCAGACGGCGCUCUGUCGGAUAAUGCAUCCGCACUUGAAUCCGCCUCAGAUCUCGAUGCGAAGUCUAUUCGUGAGCCUGAUGUUGAAGAGAAAAAUUUGGUGACGGAGAAUGCAUCCAUCUCGGCUGGAAUCGAACACACAGAUCCUGAUGCUCCAACUUUGAAAGAAUCAGAACCAAUUGUAAAUACUUCCGAGGAGACGGAGAACCUCCAACAGGAAACCGAUGAGAUGAACCAAGUGGAUUCUCUUCCCAACGAGGAUGCCACAGAAGAACAUGUUGAAAUCCCAGAGGUCAAAGUAAUAGAAGACCUGGCGCACAAUGUUGAAGAUCCCAGCCCAGAGCUUGAUGUCGAUAACACCGAGCGUUUACCUGAAGAGGAAAUCAAAAGCGCAGAUCUAUAUACCGGAUCAAUUACUCAUGUAAUUCCUGGCGUUGGCGAGCCAGUCUUGGAGAGCAAGCCAGACCCAGUCGAGAAGAUUGAGGACGACACUGAAAGUUUGACAGAAGAUACCAGCUUAAGUCGUGUAUCCAGCGUGGCAUCGUUCCACACCACACAUUCUUUGACCGAACAGUCACUGGCAACCCACGUGGAUACUUUCGAUUCUGAGAAAACACCUCACGCCGAGAGGUUUGAUCCGUUUUCAACACGAUCUCGAGGACAUCAGAGGGGACUGUCCGAAAUGACAAUCACCGCUUCGACUGUGGAUUCGUAUCUCGAUCCCCAGGCUGAUUUGCGACCAUCCACUCGGGAUUCGACAGAUAAUCCGGCAACGCCAGCUCUCGCUAGAUCCACAGUAUCGGAUUCGUCCUGGCCAGAUAUUCAAACACCAUCUUUGCCGCUAAGGGAUGAAGGGCUCAGAAGACGACUGAAGACCCAGCGAUCUUUUUCCCCGCUACCACCAUCCACAACUCUCUACUCCCCUGGCUCCCCUACCCACGGAAAUCAUUUCACAGCAGAAAUCCUCCAGAAGGCCUGUAACGUGGCUUUGGUGAAGCCCAUGGAGGCUGUGGUAUUAUUGGUCCAUAUCCUGGCACGGAUUGCAGGUGGUGCCACAUUCAACGAUCUUCUCAGUGGCAAUCUUUUCCGACCACCUCAACAACAUCGCCGAAGAUCUAGCUUCCCUGAUCAACGGAGCCCUUCGCGCGAUGAUACGGACGAUGAGGAUGACUUUGGGGUGCCUCUUCGUGGACGGACCCGCAGUGUUGGAUCCAAGGCGAACGCAGCUUCAACACGGGACACCGACACUGACUCCAUGUUUGAUCUCGAUUAA